AUUUUACGAAGUGUGUCUCUCUUCCUUCUGUCUCUCUUCACUGUUUGGUCAGUUUCGCGAUAAUAAUUAUUAGUUUUGUUCGGAAAAUUAAUAAUUAAAAUGUUUUAGUGAAACGAUAAUGGUGUUCUAGCAUUUGUUAUUCAUUAAUAAUACCUUUCGAGUUGUGUAACAGUACCUUACGUGAUGGGUUCACAAAAGAACGAAAGUGUUAAUCCAACCGUUGCAGCGGAUGCCAAAACGACACCUGUAUGUGGUAAAGUUAUAUUAUCGUUAGAAAAUUGUCUUCUGUCGCCCGAGAAAUUGGAAAAAUCGCCCUCAGUGAACGAUGGUCUAGAUCCAGAAACAGAAUUCGAUUUGAGAGUGAUAGGAUGCGAGUUGAUUCAGACUGCUGGAAUAUUAUUGAAAUUACCUCAGGUUGCGAUGGCUACCGGUCAAGUUCUAUUCCAAAGAUUUUACUAUUGUCGAAGUUUCGUUCGUCAUCCCAUGGAUGUCACUGCUAUGGGAUGCGUAUAUCUAGCGUCUAAAAUCGAAGAAGCGCCUAGAAGAGUUCGCGAUGUGAUAAAUGUGUUUCACCACAUACGACAAGUUCGAUGUCAAAAACCAAUCGCACCUUUAAUUUUGGACGAAACCUACAUUAAGCUUAAAGAAGAUGUGAUUCGAGCGGAAAGACGAAUUCUUAAGGAACUCGGCUUCUGCGUACAUGUCAAACAUCCUCAUAAGCUGAUUGUGAUGUAUCUUCAAAUCUUGAACUUCGCCGAAAACAAGCUGUUGAUGCAGAAAGCUUGGAACUACAUGAACGAUUCGUUGCGUACCGAAGUCUUUCUACGAUAUUCGCCGGAAACGGUGGCCUGCGCGUGCAUUUACUUGAGUGCUAGAGUAUUAAGAAUCCCGUUACCUAAAAGUCCGUCUUGGUUUGUGAUAUUCGGCGUCAAAGAAGAAGAUAUUAUCGACGUAUGCAGGCGUAUAGUGAAUUUAUAUAGUAGGGAAAAGAUUGAUCCAGAUGUCCUUGAAGGCAGAGUGAAAUUAUUAAGGGAUAAGUACAAAGAAGAGAAAGAGAAGAAAGAUAAAAUUCGUAACAAUAACGCCGUCGUCUCCGGUAGUAAUACGCCGAAUAGUACUUCUUCGAUAACAGUUCCGUUAAAAACAUCACCGUCGCCUCCUGCUCCUACCAAGAUUAUUACCACUACUACAACCACCACUACCACAACGAAUCACUUAGGAAAACGACGAAGCAGAUCGAGAUCGAGAGGCAGAAGCCCAUCGCCAAAGAAAAAAUCCAAAAAAUAUAGCAGAAAAUACGAUAGUCCGAACGACCGGAAACGUGAUAUUAGUCCAAUAAGCAAGAAGUACUCGUCGAGUAGUCCGUCGACAAAGAAGCACCGUGAUAUUAGUCCUGUAAGCAAAAAGUACUUGAACAGCGGUAGUCCGGUGAGCAAAAAGUACUCGAGCAGCAGCAGUCCGGUGAGUAGAAAAUACACUAGUACCAACAACAGCUCGCCGCCUCCGACCAGCAAGAAAUACGCUUCUAGUCCGGUACACAGCAGCGGCGAUCGAGACCGACGAAAAUACGCCAGCAGCGAUAGUCCUCCGGUGCGCAGCAGUAAGAAAUACACGAGCGGCGAUAGUCCGUCGGUGAAGAGGAGUAAAAAAUACACCGACAGCGAUAGCCCUCCGGUGAGGAGAAGCAAGAAAUACACCAGUAGUCGAGAUACCAGUCCUAUAUCGAGCAAGAAGUACGAUCUAAGUCCUAUCUAUACCAAGAAAUACUACAGUAACAGUAGUCCGGUCUCGAAGUGGUCUUCGUAUUACAACAAAAAGGACUAUAGGGUUAAAAAUCGCACCUAUAAGAAGAAACGUAAGGAUUAACGAUGAUUUUAAUUUUUUUUUCUGUUUUUUUGUCGCGAUCAUACUACUUUUUGUACCGUUGUUGCGUUAUUGUUGGAUCGCGAAUCUGUGUCAAUUGUUCGGCCAAGAUUUAUAUGUACUAUUCUUUUUAAUAUUUUGCUGCAAAUACGCGUCGAGUCGCGUACUUUUCGGCGUACCUUGUUUUUGACUGUUGUUUUUUUUUUUAUUAUUUAUUGAUAUUUUUUUGUACUAUCGUGUAAUGUUCGCCUUGUUGUACGAAGAACGUCUUCGUUUUUAGAGAGGACGGAUUUCGUUUUUACCAUUUGCAUUAUUUAUGAAACAUGAUUGGAGAAAUGGAAGAUACGAGAUAUAUUUCCGUGUACGUAGAAUUCGAGUAAUGAUACAGAGUUGUAAUGUCGAUUGCUCUUGUUACGUAUCGAUUUGUAUUUUUCCAAUUGUGUUGGUUUUUUCUUUAUAUUUAUUUUUAUAAAAUACUUUCACGAUUGCGUUUCGAUCGCGAUCGUUAUUUAGCUAAAUGAUCGUUUUACUUAAAUUAUAGAUGUACUGAUCUCUCGAACGAACUCGCGAUAUGCGGCGAUCGAAUUGGCAAUCGUGGUACGUAUUCGUUGUCGUAUUAUGUAAAAUGUUGUCUUCGAAAUUAUUUAAUUUUUUUUUCAAAUUUUGUAAAUCGUCGUGAUGAUAAUAGAGGAACGAUUUUUUUCGUACUUGAAACAUUAUUAACGAAAAAUCAAAGUACAUAUCUAAAUUUAUCUGAGAAAAAUUACGUGAAAUUUUGAACGAUCGGUUCGAUUUGAUUGAUUGAAUUUCGUUUCUGUAUUUCAAUUUCAUGAUAAUAAUAUGUUUUGUAUUAAAGUAGAAUUAUUCGCGUAUCCUGAAGGUCAACGUUUUUAAUUCGUCUAUAAAAUACCAUUGUUUUUUUCUCUCUUUUGUAAAACUUAUCGAUGAUAUUUGUAUGUAUUUAAACGUACGUGCAUGUACGAUGAUGAUGACAUCGGAUAAUUAUUUUGUAAAUAUAAUUUUUUUCUAAAUGGAA